AUGAACGAGCGACCACACUUGGUUAGGUUGCGAGGAAAGCGUGGCUGCGUUGGCGAGAGCUUUGUUGAUGUCCGAGCCAGGAACGUCGGCUUGGGCGACGCAAUCCGAGGGACUUCCGUAAAUAUUGGGAUCCGGAAUCAGUUGCAUAACUUCGUCGAAACUAGGUAUUACAUCGAAGAGUUGAGUCGGCCACAGGGCAGCGGCUAUGUUGUAGAUCCUAUGCUGCGUAGCGAGCACACUCACGCCGACGUUGCUGGUGCGAUUCCAAUAGGCGCAGUCUCCGGCAGAGGCAAUCUCGCCCGGAUACAACAGGAUAGCCCUGCGAAGAGCUUCCACCGUCUGCUCCAUGGUAUCGAGGGGCCGUUGGACCACGCAGGUCGAGGGGCGGACCUCAAACUCAGCACCAGUGCAGGUAAGUCCGGGACCGCAAACGAGCGGGCGAGGAAACGGCCAACCAUUUUGUUCCCGGGCAUAGUUCAGACCGAAGUCGGGUUCAAAAGGGCCAAACUCGAGCGGAUUUCCAAUGCAGCUCUCCUCCACCUUUCGGAAUGUAACGCACCUGCCCCUCACAGGUUUCCAGGCUUCCGUCUUGGGUCCAAGUUUGAUACCGUAGUCGCCGACAGUGCUGGCAACGCAAUCAGCAUUGUAGCUGGAGAUCAAUGCCUCGUCAGUAGAGUUCGCGACGAAAUCGGCGACACUGAAGCAGUAUUCCCAUUGGGGAGUGGAUCCGUCACGGGCCAUGGCCCAUGGGCCCCAUCUCUCGUGGAUGUCGAUCAUGCACCACUCAUCAGACGAGCAGAUACCAGGCUGUUCAUAACAAUCGGGUCGAGCUGGGACCGGACAAUACACGUCCUCGCAAGUCAAUUUGACAAGUUCUCCCUUUGCGGCCGUGCGGAUGACAGUGACAUUGCCGGUCGUGUCGGCGUAGGUGAGGUCUUGGCUUGCAAUGCUACAACCGCCCUGAGUAAACCACAUUCGCUGGCUGUCAUCCGGCACUCCGCAUUGGACACCGCCGUCGCUGUCCCAUUUCUGGAUGUUGGUGUCCGUUGGGUAACUUUGCCAUACGCGCUCGUCCCGUAA